CUCUGUGCUCAGCUGAAGGCUGAGGGGGGUUGUUGGGAUUUUCCUUUCCUCCCAUCAGCAUCACAAAGCUGCAGAUGUGUGGAUGGGCUGGGAAUACAGACAGCUGUGGCUCAAGGGGAUUGAUGGGAACUGGACUCUGAGAGCUCAGCGAAGGUAGAUGGUAAUAAAAAUAACAUCAGUUCCCAAAGUGGGUUAAAAAAGUUAUUUAUUUACCUGGGAAGUGGGAAGUGACAAGGAAAAAUCUCCCUUAUUUGCAGGUCUCAGGUAUUUGCUGUGUUAAUCAGUGGUGGGAGAUCACUGACUUACAAACUGGGUAAACCCAUUCUGGUUGGACUUCUGGCAAUAAGUAUUUUGAGGACAUAAUUGAAAAGGUGGCUUACAAAGCAAUUGGUGCCUUGGCUGCUCGGAAUGGAACAUUUCCAGGGCAAAAAACCUCCAUAUUUGAACUCUGACAAUUUUUUGUUUGCCCCCCUCCUUGUGUUGAAUAUUCCUCGAUGAUCAUUCACGAGUGGAAUUUUGAAUUUUGCACUUCAGUUUUCAGUGCUUGGGGUGUCUGUAGUUUAAAAGAGCUUUGCUUCAGGAGGAGCAUUUAGCCAGAGCUGCCUUUGCAGGAGGAUAGAUCCAGGUUUUCUGCUGGAGAAAGGAACCUUUUCCCAUCACACACCAAAUCCCAGGCACCGAAAUGGAACACGCACGUCACCCUCAGCCCUGUGUGUACUUGUCUUGCUCUAAAAGACAGGAGUUGGCUUGUGCAGAAUUAGACAUAAAAUUCUUCUUGCCAGCUUUUAGGGAUUGCAAAAGUUUCAGGAAUCAUGAGAUCCAGUUUGAGGCAUCUGAUUUUUAACUGGUUUGUAGAGAUAGAUUUGGAUAUCUGCAAGUUAUCAUAGUUCUAACAGGGCUUUUCUUGGAAGCAGAGGUGCCAAACCACCACUUAUUUUGAAGCACAAAGCCUCAAAUUAGACACCAGGAGUCCUUUGAAAUGCUGAUGAGUUUGUGCACCUCGAGGAGAGACCAGGAGGGACAAGAAGGGAGGAUGCUGAUGAGCAGGAUCUGUGCUGGACCCAAAAUUUGGCCGGGAAUGCUGCUGCCCCUGCACUCUGCAGCCCAACUGAUCCAAGCACAGGUUUGGGAUUUGCAGCUCACAAAGAGGCACAAGCCAGAACAUCUCCUGCUGCCCGUGGUGGGCAGCUUACAUAAUGGCACUUGCAUAACCCCAGCAAGUUCUGUCAGGGGCUCUCUCCAUGCCAAAUGAAGGCUCUCUGGGGUUUUGUGUCACAUUCACGCUCCGUUUGGAAUUGUGCUCCAGUUCAUCACAAAUUCCAGUUCCUUCUACAUGAAGUGUGUGACCAAGAGCCAGUGAGGCUACAAGGCUUGUCCCUUCAGCCUGGACCUCCCAUCUCCUUCAUCAGUGCAUCUGAUUUCCAGCCCACUGUGCUGAAUUAUUUGCAGAAUCCUGUUUUCCUUUUGCAGCCCAGAUAGUUCAGUUCUGACCCCGUGCCAGGGGGAUGGUCCCUGUUCCCUGGGACAUCAUUCCUUUGCUGGAGAGCUUCAGGGAAGCCACUCUGGUCUUGGUUCUCUGUUCUCACUGAGAUCUUCUUGGCAAAGAGGAGAGGGUGGCAGACACUGGAGAAGAAGGUUUUUUUUCCCCUCCAGAAUUUUCUUUGCAAGGUGAAUACUCUUAAUUACCCCAGGAUAAUUACAGGUGGAUGGAAUCCAAGCCCUGCAGGCUGUUUGGUCAUCACCAGGCAGUGACUUCACUUUGGGCUGGGUUUCCCUCACUCUCCAGGUCUGUAAAAGACUGAGCAGAUACCAGAUAAAGCAGAGGGGGAUUGGUUUGCUUCGUUUUUUUAUCUUGCACAACCCAAAAUUUCAUCAAGCAGAGCUAAAAGCCUCGGGAUGUUUAAAAACUCUCGCUGGUGGGGGGGAUUCACGUUGCCAGAGGGACCCCGAGGCUGGAGGGCAGGAUUCAUCCCACCCAAAGCAGGUCACUGAAACAGGACAAAUGAGUCACAUCCUGAAAACCCCCUUUUCCUCCCUCCCCUGCUCUGAGGGGGCAGCUCAGCCUGGGCAUCAGGGGGGGAAGUGUCCAAAUCUCAGUCACUUCCAGGAAAGGCUUUUCACGGCUGAAACUGUCUCCAGUCCUUUUCCAGCAGCUCUCAGGCUCCCCAGGCUGGUGCUGGCACCAGGUUUGGCAGAUCCACCUCCUUUGUUCAGGAAGAAAAGUGCUGGAUUCUGGGCUUUUCAGGUCUUUUCUUGUCGGGGGCGACUGGAUCUGCCUGCAAAGAGCAAUCACAGGAGAGCAAUCACGGCGACCGUCGCUCAUCCAAACGCUGCCUAUGAAAUUUUAAUGCUUCCUAAAGCCUGGCUGAGGAAUUGUGAGGAUCCCACCCAUCACGGGGGGGGAGUUAAUUGAAUCAAUGAGGUGAACAAGAGCCGCCCAGCAGAUGCCAGGGGGUUUGAUCAGCCCAGUCAUUACGGCAGGACCCUCGUCACUCCCCCCGGAGCGAUUACAGCCCUGCACCAGCCAGGGGAUUUGGUGGGAAGUGGCCAAUGAGGGGCCAAGCCGGCUCCAAAUCCAGCUUUUUGCAAAGCCCCAGAUAAAACAGGCUUCCAUUAAUAAGGCAAGAAAGGUUAGGACGAGCAGCACUGCAGCCAGUCUGGAGAGGUAAGGUGAUAGUUUUGUCGGAGGCUGGUAGAGCACAUGGCCCCAGCUUGGUGUGGGGAGCCAGGGUGCAGUCAGGCUGGAAGUGGGACAUUAUUUGCAUGUCUGCAGAAGUAGUUUAUUUGCUGAUCUUAAAAAAUGAGAGAGCUGGAGGCACUCAGUGUAAGCAGGAAGCUAAACACAGAUUUUCUGUGUUUUCGUAGCCUGUGUGCUCGUUCUGGCUGAUAAAUAAGUUUCUUGAGAGCAAAGCUCUGAAAAAUCAUUGUAACCUGUUUAGCUUUAGGUUCUGGGGUUUGAAAUGGAGAUUUGUGGUCAGGAACUGCUGAGCAGUUACAGAGCUGGCUUGUUACAGGGGUUCUGAUGGCUGCUCUUUCUCUCUGCUCACAUCCACAUACAGAGAUGGAAAUGGAGCAAGUGAUUGAACUAACUUAGUUAAAAUGAAGGAGAUGUAGAAAAUAAAGCAUGAGAAUGUAAAGCUGGGCAUAAGAAUUAAAAAACCUGGGCUUUUCCCACCCUGAUCUUGAGAUCUGUUGCUGCACAAAAAUGGUGCUGAGCCGUUUAAACUCUUUGUGGCAGCGUAGGCUGGAGCUUUCCUAGACAGUGGUAAUCUCGUGCAAACCACCUUCCAUCGGUGUGACAUGGCCUCACCUCCAGCCCUGCUGUGCCCUGCUCUUCCUCCCUUCUCCUGCCCAGUCCCCAGUCCCCCCUCCCUGCUGGAAAACAAAAAAAAAUAAGUGGCAGCUGUUGGAAAGUAGAGCCCAUUUGUUUUAUGGUGCCGCUUUGGGAAUAUGAUCCAGAUCCUCCAGGAGAGAGAGAGAAGGCAGCAGAGCGAAAGAGAAGAGGGGGGAGUUGAGAAGCUCUGGAGAAUAACUUGCUUAUUUUAAGUCUAGUGUAGAAAGUUCAAUCUUUUGUGGUGAGGUUCAUGGAUAAAGCAGAACUGCUGCUAAAGGUCCUAGCCUGGGAAUCAAAGAACUCCUAGUUGAUUCUCUCCAUGAAGGAGGUCGGGGACGGGCUGCACGAGCAGAUGAACUGCAUGAUGGGGGCCCUGCAGGAGCUGAAGCUGCUCCAGGUCCAGACGGCUCUGGAGCAGUUGGACAUCUCCGGGAGCCGCAGCCCCGGCUGUGGGGUGGAGCAGCACCGAUGCUGCCGGAGCCGGGGAGACCUUCCCAGGGCCUGGCAGGACGAGCCGUCAGUGGAGGGGCACAGCCCCACGUCCUUCCCACAUCCAGCGGGGCUGGCCCAUCCCACCGCGCUCCUGGAGAGCGACCACCUCGGGGACACCCCCUCCUCCUCCAGCAGCCUCUGUGGGGAGGGUGUUUAUGCCCCAACGGGACCUGCCUGUGUGUCCAGCAGAGCCGAGCGCGUCCGCCCCAGGACUCUGGAGUGCAGCAUCCAGGGCACGGCCGGGGGGUGGCCGGAAUGCCGGGAGUGCCCGGGCUGUGACGACGGCCACGACUGGACGUCCUCCCUGAUGUCCCAGAGCAGGAACCGGCAGCCGCUGGUGCUGGGGGACAACAUCUUUGCAGACUUGGUUGGGAACUGGUUGGACCUGCCAGAGCUGGAGAAGAAGGGGGAGAAGAGCGAGGCGUCCCUGUCCGUGAGCAGGUCCCAGGAGCUCUGCAGGAAGUUCUCCCUCACGGCCAACAUCUUCAAGAAGUUCCUGAGGAGCGUCCGGCCGGACCGAGACAGGCUGCUCAAGGAGAAGCCUUGCUGGCUUCCUCCCGAAGACAAACAGCCCGAGAUCUCCAAGAGAUCCAAAAAGAUGAACAAACUCAAGGGGACAUUUUACUUCCCGCUCCACGGGAGCCACCACGGCAAAGCAGAGAGGUGCCCGAAGGCAGAAAGCCACAGCGAGCGCCCCAAAACGGGCACCAAGAAAGUCCACGAGUCCAGAGACUACACCCAGUCUGGGUUUGACAUCAACACAGCUGUUUGGGUCUGAGUUUGUCCGUGUUCUCUGCUCUGCCCAGCAUUUGUCCCACACCAGAGAGGAGCUGGGAGCCACAUUUGUCUCAGUUCUCCACACGGACUGAGAUGAGUCCUCUGCAAAACAUGCUGAGGGUUUCACUCGCAGAUAGAAUUUGCUGGACAAGUGCAUCUUCAGGGACAAGCCUGAGCAGCAGCUGACACAGAGUUUUGGGGACUGGUGUUUGCAAAAAUAAUCCGAAUCUUUAGCAGCUUUAGGGUGAGUGGUGCCAUGGAUGACCAGCUCCUGGGCCUAGGCUGGUGACAGCCACUCCAGGCCCAUUCCAUCAUCUCCAGCUAAAUGGCUGCAGCACAAAAUCCACUGUGUGCAUGUGUGUGUGUGUGUGUGUGUGUGUGAGUGUGCAAAUAUAUAUAUAGUUUUUUAAAACAAAGAAAAAUCUAUUCCUGCUUGUGUGCACUUGAAACUGGGUUAUAAACCAGGCAGCCCAAGCCUUGUACCCGAAGCACUUGUUAUUUAAAUGGAAAGGAAUAAGUUUGAAUUUAUAAGACUUGAACAGUUGCUGAAUGGGAGGUGAAACCCCAACUUGGGGGAGUUUUCCACUUAAACCAGUGUGCUCCCAGCACCUCUCCUUCCCCUGCCAGUUAAACCAGCAGGGCACAAGGCUCCUUGCAGGGGGAUUUGUGACCCUGGGGGUGUUGGUGGGGUUUGCCCCUCUCCCCUCCCCUCCCCUCGUCCCCACAGGUUGCACCAGAUACAACAUUGCAAGAGUUAAUUGUUGAGUUUUCACAGGCAAAGUUAAAAAAACUUCGUUUAUUGUUGUGUUUCCUGUUGCUGUUGUUGUACAAACCUUGUCUUGACAGAACCAAGUUCUUCAGUGUCCGACUCUCCAAGAGUUUCCAAUAAAGUGGAAUCAGUUUUGUCUCCAGUGUGGGACACCCUGGGU